UUAAGAUGUACACUGUUUCAUAUAAAUCACUGUCUGAAAUUCGUUAAUCAGGUGUGUGAUUAUUUUGUUUAGAUAGUACUUUACUUGCAAUCCACCUGUCCCUUUUUGUUUUAGUGAUCGCUGGCAACGACAUCCUUGCUUUAGCGAGAACCAUCGAGAAAAUACCAAAAUCCGUUGCGCCGAAAUAACUACACCAUAUGCGACAUCUCCCAGCACCCACCUUUGGCAGCUAUAAACUACAAUUCCCAGAAUCCUUUCGUGAUCGCUGGCCAGUCACAGAGCCAAGCUCUGUAUGGGUAGAGACGGGAAGGUAGUCAAAGUCGUGGUGCUGCUGGGGGAGCGUUAUAGAAAUUAGACACACAUUGAAAGAAACCGAUCGAAGUGGCAAAAUAAGUGCAAACUCAAUUUGCACAGUGCGGCGUAAGAACUUAAAAGGCAGCUGGGCGACUAGCUUGACGGGGACAAAUCAGCGCUUUAGUUAAAAGAAAUUCGUAUUCAUUUAAAGUCAAGGAGGAGGGUCACGUACUCGCUGUGAAACCAGUCUGACAAGUUUACUUCGCGGAGACAGGAGAUAUCGGUCUGUGCUGGUUGUGGAUCAAACGUUAUUUGACAUUGAUAAACCUGCAAUGCUGAAGCAGGUAUCUGCAGUGUCUUGUUGUGGGACAGAAAUGAAACGGCAUUCCUACAGUGUAACAAUUUCACAAGGCAUGCAAAAGCGCAUUGGAACAGCAGCAUGCAACUGUGUUCCAUUUGGAGUCCCGGCCUGUAUGAGGGAAGGAGACUGGAAUGGGGAAUGGUGUUCAAGAAAGCCAUGGGGCAUUAACACAGGGGGAACUCCGACCAGUCACCAGCAGCAGCCAGGCCGAGUGUCUUCAAACCGAUUUUCAGCCAAGGCAGCCUACCGUCUUAUCUACCACACCUACCUCUCUGAUGGCUUCCUCAGCCUGUGGAGGGGGAAUUCAGCCACCAUGGUGCGAGUCAUCCCAUACGCUGGCAUCCAGUUCUGCUCACAUGAGCAGUACAAGAGGCUGCUGGGAGGGUACUGUGGCUUCCAGGGAAAGACCCUGCCCCCCGUGCCCCGCUUCCUGGCCGGAUCGCUGGCGGGCACCACGGCUGCCAUGCUGACGUACCCCCUGGACAUGGUGCGAGCGCGCAUGGCCGUCACCCCCAAAGAGAUGUACAGUAAUAUUCUCCACGUGUUCGUGCGGAUCUCACGCGAGGAGGGGCUGCAGACUCUGUACCGCGGCUUCACCCCCACCAUCCUCGGGGUCAUCCCCUACGCAGGGCUCAGCUUCUUCACCUAUGAGACCCUCAAGAAAGUCCACGCAGAUCUCACCGGCCGGCCGCACCCCUACCCGGCUGAGCGGCUGGCGUUCGGGGCGUGCGCGGGGCUCCUGGGGCAGUCAGCCUCAUACCCGCUGGACGUGGUGCGGCGGCGCAUGCAGACGGCGGGCGUGACGGGCCACACAUACGGCUCCAUCGCGGGCACCAUGCGGCUGAUCGUGAGGGAGGAGGGGCUGGCGCGCGGGCUCUACAAGGGCCUGAGCAUGAACUGGGUGAAGGGGCCCAUUGCCGUGGGCAUCAGCUUCACGACCUUCGACCUUACGCAGAUCCUCUGGCACCAGCUGCAGCAGCGCGGCUUCAUCCAGGGGUAACGCGGAGCGGGCAGCCCGAGCACGCACAACGCCUUCCUGCACCGGUAUCACCAAGAGACCCCGGGGUGCGCGCAAUCAAGAGGGUCGACCCGAAAUGAAUGCAGUGUUCUGGGUACACCCCUGAGCUUACCACACACGUAUCACCCACCCACCUGCCAGCCCCUGUUUUUAGUUCUCAGUCUGAUUCCCAGAGUGUUGCCCUGUUGGGUUUGUCUUUCUCUCUCUAUGGGUUUUUAAUGGACCUGGCACUGGGCAGUCCGGGUGUAACCCAGUUGGCAGUCGGAGAGUUUUUUUUUUCAAGCGGGUCUUCUGGAACACGCUGUGGUAGUAAACCGCUAGGUAGGGAUGGUAGAUUUUGUUUAUAAUUACACUAUACGUGUAACCGAGGCGUAAAACACAAAUGGCCGAAGUCAGAUUUUUAAGAGAAGACGUUGGAAAGAGGUUGCGCUCUUUAGUCAUGUUGUGUGUCAGCUGCAGUAUGUUAGAAGCGGUUUUGUAAGCUUAUAACUUAAUAUAGUAACUAACAGAAGCAGCUCCAGCCAGUGUUAUUGCAAACUAUAGCUGCUACAGCACAGCAUUCAGUAUUAAGCAGCUUUAUCAGGGUUUGGUAUUAUUAACAAUAUUAGCGCCUGUAUCAGAUCUUUUGUUCCAGGGCGCGUCUUGUCCUU